AUGAAGUUCUCAUUGGUUCUGCUUGCCUCUGUGGCCCUGGGUCUGCCCACGACCUCCAACAACGACUACCGGUCGUCCGUCAGCCAGGUCUGGGACAUUGUCGACAAGUACAGCACUCUGGGUCAUGCUCAGCUUGAGAGCAGAGAUCUGUCUGACCUCGACUCUGACAUCAAACAUAGAUACCUCGUGACAUUCCGUCAGAACGCUACCCAGCAGGAGAUCUCUCAGCACUUCCAGGACGUGGACAAGUGGCUGAGCUCUGGCUCCAACAAGCGAGAUCUGGGCUUCACUCAGCUGAUUGAGGGCGCAUUUUCUUCCGUGUCCCGGAAUUCACAUGCUCUCAAUGCCUUUGCUGCUACCGAUUCGUCUCCCUUUGACGGAUACUACGGCAAGUUCGAUAACCAGACCGUGGCCAAGGUCGAGAGCUCCAGUAUAGUCGAUUCAGUCGAAUCCGACACCAUCCAGACGUCGCCCAGCUUCAACGGCCACACUCUGUCCAAAGAGGCUGUCGAGGAAGACAAGACUCAGGCAGACAAGGCUGCUGCCCUCAACGGCUUUGCCACGGUCACCCUCAACAAACAGUUCACCAAGAACUGGGGUCUGGACCGAAUCUCGCACAUUGAGAACGACAUUCCCGAGGCCGCUGGCGGCAACUAUUCCCUCAUUCCCGAAAUGGAGUACAUCUACGGCCCCUCCAAGUACGACACCGUUGCUUAUGUGCUGGACACAGGAGUCAAUGUGACUAACAGUGGUUUUGGUGGACGAGCGUCCGAACCCGUCAAGUUCAUCGAGGGUGAGCCUCCCGGAGACUACUCUGGCCACGGCACCCAUGUUGCUGGUAUCCUCGGCUCCUCCACCUUUGGAGUUGCCAAGGACGCCAAAAUCAUCUCCGUCAAGGUCCUCAAUAUGGGUAACGCUGGUCCUACCUCUGCUGUGGUCAACGGAGUUAACUGGAUCAUCCAGAAUAACAACGCCACUCGGGCGGUCAUCAACUACUCUGCCACUGGCCCCGUUUCCAAGGCCAUGAACCAGGCGUUUGUCAAGGCCGUUGAAGCUGGUAUCACCGUGGUUGUUUCUGCCGGAAACUUCAUGAAGGACGCCUGCAACUACUCGCCCGCCAACCUCGGCUCGGUGAUUGACGGAGCUAUCGUUGUUGCUGCCUCUGACCAACACGACAAGUUUGCAGUCGGCUCCUCUUGGGGUUCCAAUUACGGCAGAUGCGUCAACGUAUUUGCUCCCGGUACCGACAUCCCUUCGCUGCACUGGAAGAAUGAGAACCUGGUGUUCUUCGACUCUGGUACUUCUAUGAGUGCCCCCUUUGUUUCUGGUCUGGUUCUCUACCACCAGUCCCAGAGCGACAACCCUUUGUCCCCCAAGGACGUGUCUGACAAGAUCAUCAACUCCAACCCCGGCCAGAUCCAGAGCCCCAUGCAGGACACCCCCAAUGGCCUCGCCUAUAAUGAGGCUCUGGGCCAGGCUCCUCCUCCUACCACCACCGACCUUGGCCCCAAAAUCCCCACCGGCCAGCCUCUUAAUUAG